CCAGCAUUAGGUGGUGUUUAAAAAUGGAAGCAGGGUCCACUAUUCAAUCUAUCUCUGUUUUGGGCCCUUUUCUAUCUUCCUUUUUUUUUUUGUUUCUUGUUAUUUCUCUUUAUCUUUCUUCUUCAUUGUUGCUAGUGUGUGUGUGUGUGGAUGUCCAUUAUUUUGAUACCAUGUCUAUUCUUCCCACUGAUGACCAGCCCAUCUCCAUUGCCUUGUCCGACUUUGAUCCCAUGAGCUUGUCAUUGAAAGGAUCCUUUGCACCUGCCACGGAUCCCUCGUCAAUGUUAUCGUCGUCGUCUCCUUCUCCUCUACCACCCCCUCACUCUUCCACUACAGCCAGCCAAAUAUCAUCAUCAUCAGCACCACCUCCACUAUCACAACAGCAGCAACAACACCAACAUACCAUGUUUUCAUCCACCAACGAAUCGGUGCCUUCUUUAUGUCCUCCAGGUCACUCCAGUCCCCCCACCCCUUCCUCGCAAACCCCAUCGGAUAAUCGAUCCAGUACCGCUCUUAGCAUUGCCGGUGAUCAACUAUUAGACCAUUCCCACUUGAAGCCUGGCUCUCACGCGUCUUUACUAUCGUAUGCACAAACCAUCAACAUGUACAGAGAAAAUGCAAAGAAAACCAAUAGUCCCGACAUUCAAUGCGAUUUCGCCAUUUUCAUGGUCGAAGCUGCCAAACCAUUGGCGGAGGAUGAUUCGAAUCGCUGGGAAUAUUUGGCUGAGGCUGAAAAAUUGCUCAAACAGUUGUCGGCUCGCGGUCACGCUGAAUCUCAAUACUACCUUGGCAAUAUCUAUGCCUCGGGCUUACUCAGUAAAAAGGGUAAAAACGAAUUCGAUAAAGCUUUCCCCUUGUUCAUUCAAGCAUCCAAACAUCAUCACGCCGAUGCUUCUUACAGGGCUGCCAAGUGUUAUGAGGAUGCUCUCGGUUCACGGAAAGAUCACGGCAAAGCUAUCCAAUUUUACAGGAAAGCCGCAGCGUUAAAUCAUCCCGGUGCCAUGUAUCGCUUAGGAGUGGCGGAAGUGAAUGGGGAACUGGGCAUUUCCAAGAACCCACGUGAUGGAGUAAAAUGGUUGAAACGAGCUGCAGAAGCGGCCACGUUGGAAUACCCACACGCGAUCCACGAAUUAGCCGUAUUGCAUGAACGAGGAAUUGAAAACGUUGUGUUUAUCGAUCUGGAAUAUGCCGUGUCAUUGUACGUGCAAGCGGCCGAUUUGGGAUAUCCGCCAGCAGCUUUUCGACUGGGUGAAUGUUUUGAAUACGGCAAACUCAACUGUUCUCCGGAUCCUCAGUUGUCAAUUCACUAUUACACCUUGGCCGCGCAACAAGGACACCGAGAAGCCUGUUUUGCUCUCACAGCAUGGUACCUGGUAGGUUCGCCGGGCAUCUUACCUCAAUCGGAUGCGGAAGCGUACAUUUGGGCCCGUCGCGCGGCGGAGAAAGAGCUGCCUAAAGCAGAAUACGCCAUUGGCUAUUUCACCGAAGUGGGGAUCGGCUGUAUUAAAGACUCCGAAGCGGCCAUGCAUUGGUAUCAUCAAGCGGCAGCCCACGGCGACCAACGCGCCAUCCAACGCUUGCAAGGGCAAUCAUCAGAAUCCAUAAAAACAAAGAAAAAGUCAGGCGCCUCGGAUGACUGUACCAUCAUGUAGACACAUUCUUCCAAGAAAAAAAUUGAUUCUUCUCUCUUUCAGUGUUUCUUUGAUUCUAUUACAUCCACCACUCCCAUCUCCCUUUCUCAUCCUUUUUUUUUUGCUGCCUAUUCCCACAGAUGUCCAUACUUCUGUAUUUCCCUGUGAAUCUAUUUUCUUUUUUUUCUUUUUUUUCAUCCCCAUACAAUAAUCGAUCAUGACUCAUUAUUUUAUCAUCUUGUCUUUUUUCUUUCACAGAACAAGGUUUGUCUCUUUGCAAUAUUACCAUUGAAACAUUGAACGAUUGAAUAGAAAUAAUCUGACUUUUUUUUUAAAAAUUAUUUCAUC